AACAUCGCAUGCAAUCGCGGCGGAUAAAAUAUUAUAGCACGAGUACUACGGACUAUAUAAAAUUCUGACAAUUUUAUUGACAAUCAAAUAUUAAAUGCCUGCAUCUUUCCAAUAGUUUGAAAUUGAUUUUGUGUAGUUAAAGAAAACGGAAAGUCGGAACCCAUCCAAAAAAAGAGUUUUAGAUUUACAUAACCCAAAAGUGCGCAGCAAUUGGUAAAGUUUCAACGGUUUUCCGUGGAAAUGGGCAUUAUUCCGGACAUACGCCAGCUGGUGACACUGGACUUUGAGGUGUAUGGACAUGUACAAGGUCUGAACCUAACGAAAGAUACACGCGACCGCUGCACCAAGGCAGGCAUCACUGGAUGGGUGAAAAACAGCAAGCAGGGUACGAUUGUCGGCAAAAUGCAGGGCCCCAAGGAUGAGGUGGACAAGAUGAUCACAUGGCUGUCUACCGAGGGUUCGCCGGGCUGCGAGAUCCAACGCUGCGACCUGCGGAAUCAGAGCAACCUCAACCGACUGGAUUACAAGGAUUUUGCCAUUAGGUUUUAGAUGUGUUACAGUCCACGCCAUGAUGAUGGUGUGGUGAGCAAUUUUUCUGUUUGUUCUGUACACUAUUUCGAUAAGUUUGUAAAUACGAGUAAAUAAUAAAAACGCUUAAGUCCCGA